AUGCUGAACAUGGGUGGACCUUCGACUGUGGAAGAAACGCAUGACUUCUUGACGAACCUCUUUCUGGACGGAGACCUCAUUCCCCUUCCCUUCCAACGACAGCUUGCUCCCUGGAUCGCGAAGCGGCGCACACCUCAGAUUGAGCAGCAGUACAAGGAUAUUGGCGGAGGUUCCCCCAUCCUGAAAUGGUCUCAGACUCAAGGCUCAGGAAUGGCGGCCCUCUUGGAUGAACUACACCCGGAGACCGCGCCUCAUAAGCCUUACGUCGCAUUCCGUUAUGCCAACCCCCUCACCCACGAGACCCUCCGCCAAAUGAAAGCGGACGGCGUCAAGCGCGCGGUAGCAUUCACGCAGUACCCGCAAUACAGUUGCAGCACGACGGGCAGCAGCCUGAACGAGAUAUAUAGAAGGGGCAAGGCGGGCGAGAUAGGGGAUAUCGAAUGGUCUGUGAUCGACCGUUGGGGCACGCACCCAGGGUUCGUCGACGCCGUGGCACUGAACAUCCAAGCCGCGUUAUCGAAGUUCCCUGAGGAGUCUCGUUCAUCCGUGGUUCUGCUCUUCUCCGCGCAUUCCCUUCCCAUGUCGGUAGUUAAUCGCGGCGACCCGUACGUUCUCGAGGUAUCUGCGACGGUCGCGGCUACGAUGGCGCACCUAAAAGAGAAGUGGGGCGUCGAAAACCCGUAUCGCCUCGUUUGGCAGAGUCAAGUCGGCCCGUCGGCAUGGAUGGGCAUGCAAACGGGGGAAGCUAUCAAAGGCCUGGCGCGGCUAGGCAAGAAACACGUUGUAUUGAUUCCCAUCGCCUUCACCAGCGACCACAUCGAGACCCUUUACGAGAUGGACCUGGAAUAUGUGAAAGAGGGUGAGGAGCUCGGGAUGCACGUGGAACGGUCCGAUUCCCUGAAUGACUCCCCUGUGUUCAUACGGGCCCUCGCCGACAUUGCUGCAAAACAUCUCGCCGAUUACUCGUCCGGAAAAAUACCACCGGCGAGUACGCAGAUGCGGCUGAGGUGUCCAGGGUGCACCAACGGAACAUGUGGGCAGCAGAAGGAGUGGUUUGCCCGUGGGGGACAAUGA